CAGUGUGACGGGGAAGUGUGCUUUUCUGGAUCAAGCAGAAAACUAGACAGAAGUAUCUGAUUUACGCUUCUCGAUCGGAAAUUUCGCCGAAAUGAGGGGGUUUUCCUUCAUCGGCCGAGCUUCCAGAGCUUUUCACGACUACCCUUCUUUGUCGAAGCUGCUGGUUCUUGUCACUGUCAGUAGUGGAGGUCUUGUGGCUUACUCGGAGACACAGUCGGAGCUUGGUACACAUAGUGGCCAAGCUUCUAAAAUAGAGCCCAAGAAGAAGAAAAUUGUGGUGCUUGGAACUGGUUGGGCUGGCACAAGUUUUCUUAAAGAUCUGGAUGUCACCAAGUUCGAUGUUGAGGUGGUGUCUCCCUGUAAUUAUUUCACAUUUACACCUUUGUUACCAAGUGUCACGUGUGGUACCGUGGAACCAAGAAGCAUCAUUGAGCCUAUUCGGAAUAUAAUGAAGAAGAGAGGUGGAGAAAUUAAAUUUUGGGAAGCAGAGUGUGUCAAGAUUGAUUCAGCAAAUAAGAAAGUCCUUUGUCGGUCUAAACAUGGCAAAGAUUUGGUUGGAAAUGCAGAAUUUGUUGUGGAUUAUGAUUACUUGGUAGUAGCAUUAGGAGCUGAAGUAAAUACUUUCGACACUCCUGGGGUUAAGGAGCAUUGCCAUUUUCUGAAGGAAAUAGAGGAUGCUAGAAGGAUCCGUAGAAAUGUGAUUGAUUGUUUUGAAAAGGCCGUUCUUCCAACUCUAGGUGAAGAAGAAAGGAGCACAAACCUUCAUUUUGUAAUUGUUGGUGGGGGUCCCACUGGUGUGGAAUUUGCUGCAGAGCUGCAUGAUUAUAUCCAAGAAGACUUAGUCAAGUUAUAUCCCAUGGUUCAAGAUCUAGUGAAAAUAACAAUUAUCCAGUCAGGAGAUCAUAUAUUGAACACGUAUGAUCAGAGAAUUAGUUCAUUUGCUGAACAGAAGUUUCAAAGAGAUGGUAUUGAAGUGCAAACAGGAUGCCGAGUCACAGGUGUUUCUGAUAGGGCUGUUACUGUGAAGGUGAAGUCCAAGGGAGAAACUUCCACUAUACCAUACGGACUGGUUGUCUGGUCUACUGGUCUUGGGACCCGCCCUGUUGUUAGGGACUUCAUGGAACAAAUUGGCCAGACUAAAAGACGUGCUUUAGCAACUGAUGAAUGGCUGAGAGUCGAAGGGUGUGAUAAUGUUUAUGCUCUUGGUGAUUGUGCUACAAUAAAUCAACGCGCAGUCAUGGAAGAUAUCUCAAUGAUAUUUAAAGAUGCGGACAGAGACAAUUCUGGUACCUUAACUGUUGAAGAGUUCCAAGAUGUAAUUGAUGACAUCAUUGUAAGAUACCCCCAAGUGGAUCUCUAUUUACAGAGCAGGCAUCUGCGUAAUGUGGCUGAUCUCUUGAAGGAUUCCCAAGGCCGCAAUAGGAAGGAAGUGGAUAUUGAAGGCUUCAAAUCAGCACUCUCUCAUGUAGAUGCGCAGAUGAAGAGUCUUCCAGCAACUGCUCAGGUUGCGGCUCAACAAGGCGCCUAUCUUGCGAGGUGCUUAAACCGCAUAAAGGAGUGUGAAGUUAACCCAGAAGGCCCACUUCACUUCGGAGAAUCUGGUCGUCAUCAGUUUCGUCCUUUUCAGUAUAAGCAUUUUGGGCAGUUUGCUCCUCUCGGGGGUGAGCAGGCAGCUGCAGAACUUCCUGGGGAUUGGGUUUCCAUUGGGCACAGCACUCAGUGGCUCUGGUAUUCUGUGUAUGCAAGUAAACAAGUAAGCUGGCGUACAAGAGUAUUGGUGAUGUCUGACUGGACUAGGAGAUUCGUCUUUGGGAGGGACUCGAGUCGUAUUUGAAGCAGAAGGGGCCAGGCUCCUGCAAAUUUUAACUAUAGCCAACUUUCCUUGUUGGUCACA